AUGGACUGUUUCGACGAUGUGCUGAAUCUGGAAGAGCAGUUUUAUCAAGAAGGCUAUCAGGAAGGCCGAAAUGAAAACCUCGCCCAUAAUCUCAUUGAGGGCAAACAGUACGGUCUUCAAGUUGGAUUCCAACGAUUUACACUGAUAGGGUUGAUCCAGGGUUGUUGUAACCUUCUUAAAACGCAGCAAUUGAACCCAUCAAUCGACAAAAAUAUUGACGUUGUGCUUGGGCUCAUUAGUGAGAUUCCUCACAACAACGAAGAGGCCAGUGUGCAAAUAUACGAGCGUAACUUGGUGAAGAUUAAAAACAAGUUCAGAGUUUUGCUUAUGGCACUCAGCAAGCAAUGGAAAAAUUUAGCACCUGAACCUGGCAACAAACUGACAUUCGAAGCCGUCGAAAAAAUGUCCAGAAUAGUUGCCGGUGAAUUGAAUGCCUUCGUUGAAGAAUCCGGUACAGAGGCCACUUCACAACCGCAAGCUGAUAUGUGGUAA